AUGGUAUCACCAGGCCUGAUGGGCAGCAAUACAUGCGCUCGAUGCCUUAAGAGGACUCUGCAAGCACCACCACCAUUAUCCCGGUCUCCUCUGCUACAUUCGCGUCGUCUUCUUUCAUCCUCGAGGCACGUCGCAGCCUUUGCUCCCCCAGAUCCUGCCUCUCUAGGAAAAGCUCAGCCUGCGAGACAAUACAAGAAGACAAGAAAAUGGCUGCGCAGGUUGCUAUACGUUGGAGUCUUUACGGGCGUUGUAUGGGCUGCAGACAAUCAGUUCUACGCCGCUGCGCUCACUAGGACAACCCGGACUUUGGCAACCGCUGCAUGGGUCGCAGCAGACUACAAGAUCAAUUUUCGAGAAAGUCCACCUUUCGCUCACGACCUGACGGAAGUGCAUGAGAGAAGUGCCAGACGCCUGUUCGAGCUGUUACGGACGAAUGGAGGACUCUACCUGAAGAUUGGUCAAGCUAUAGCUAUGCAGAGUGCAAUCCUCCCUCCAGAAUUCCAGAAGAUGUUCUCGCGUAUGUUCGACGACGCGCCUCAAAACGAUUGGGAGGACGUAAAAAGGGUCAUUGCAGAAGACUUUGAUGGCAAAGCGCCCGAAGAAGUAUUUGGUGUUUCCUUCGAUGGAGACCCAAGUAAGGGCGUGAUGGAAAAGAAAGCAAGAGCAAGUGCCAGUGUCGCACAGGUCCAUUGGGCAAGACUUCACGACGGCCGAGAAUGUGCGAUCAAGGUUCAGAAGCGGGAAAUUGCACAACAGAUUGGUUGGGAUUUAUGGGCCUUCAAAGUAACGGCCUGGAUCUAUACAUGGUACUUCGAUAUUCCUAUGUACAGUUUGGUGCCAUACAUUACAGAAAGGUUGACCUUGGAAUGUGAUUUUCGGAACGAGGCCGACAACUCAGAGCGUAUGGCGCAGUAUGUGCAAGGCGAGCCACGUCUACGCGACAGGGUUUACAUUCCGAAAGUUUUCCACGAGUUGUCUUCAAAACGCGUCAUGACAGCUGAAUUUAUCGAAGGAGUAAAACUAUGGGAUAAAGAUAGCAUAACUAGGUCGUGGCAGGGUGGCUGGAGGCAAGGCAGUCCAGGAACUGAAGGUAGACCACUAUCCGCAGACAGUGUGCCUCGACCGACGAACCCACGAGACUAUUACGACCACCUGAAGCCCGACAGGAAUUAUUGGAAAGGCAAAGAUGGCAAAGGUGGCCUCGGUGUGAGCUUGAAAGAAGUCAUGACAACCAUGAUAGACCUAUUUUCAGCACAAAUGUUCUUGUGGGGCUAUGUACAUUGCGAUCCCCAUCCAGGCAAUAUCUUCAUCCGCCGAAAGCCAGACGGCCACUCCGAGCUUGUACUGAUCGACCAUGGUCUAUACGUCAACAUGUCUCCAGACUUCAGACAUCAGUACUCCCUCUUCUGGAAGUCGCUAAUGACCUUCGAUAACGCGACUAUGAAAGAGGUCGUCAAGGAGUGGGGUAUCGAAAACGCAGAAGUCUUCGCCUCAGCAACUCUCAUGAAACCUUACACAGGUGGUAACAGCAAAGUCAGCAAAAAGCUCCAAGAAAUCACCAACGAAAAAGACAAACGCAAACGUCAGUACCAAAUGCAGCAAGCCAUGCGUCAAGGCAUACGUGAAGUCUUGGCCGAUGAGAAGAAAUGGCCACGCGAACUCAUUUUCAUCGGCAGAAACAUGCGAAUCUGCCAAGGAAACAACCAAAUGCUGGGAAGUCCAGUCAACAGAAUUAAGAUCACUGGCAGCUGGGCAUCGAAAGCAUUGACAGAGGAUAAGAACUUGUCUUUCAGGGAUCGAAUUCGAUUCUAUGGUAGCCAUCUGUUAUUCAAGACUGUUUUGCUCACUACAGAUUUGUACUUCUACUAUGCGAAAGUCAAACAAUGGUUUGGUCGAGGAUUGGGCAUGGACGAUGAUAUAGAUAAUGCUAUGAGGAAGAUGGCUUCAGAUUAUGGUGUAGAUAUGCAGCAUGGUGUUUUUGACGGUUGA